CUUAUUUCAUUCGAAUUCACUUUCACUUGAUACAAAACUACACCUUUUGUUUCCACACAAGAAAGCUUCUACCCUUGAGGUUUAUCUUUGAAUUCAAUACCCGAAAUACUUUUGAGAAAUGAUGUAUCUACACGUGAUGAAGAGAUCAAGAGAUGCUGAGCUAGACAUGACCAUAACCAACAUGGCUAACUGCUUGAUGCUACUUUCAAGGGGCCCAUCUAUCAAUGAAUCAUAUGACAACACGCCCAGUCGAGUCUUUGAGUGUAAAACAUGUAACCGACAAUUCCCAUCUUUCCAAGCCCUAGGUGGCCAUAGGGCUAGCCACAAGAAGCCGCGGCUUAAUCCUGAUGGUGACUUAAGUCAUGGCACCAACUUGGUGCCUAUGAAGCCUAAGUCACAUGAGUGCUCAAUAUGUGGGCUAGAGUUUUCCAUAGGGCAAGCUUUAGGCGGACACAUGCGAAGACAUAGGGCGAUGACAACAAAUGUGAACUCAUCUUUUGUACCGGUGGCUUCGUCUACUCCUGUAGUGAAAAAGGUGAACCAUCGAAGGGUUUUCAGCUUGGAUUUAAACUUAACACCUUCGGAGAACGAUUUAGAGUUUCGGUUGGGAAUUGAAUUAUGUUUAUGAAGCGAUUUUGACGUAAUUAUUAUCACUAAAUCAUACUUUACUCCUUCAUUUUUCUUUUUUCUAUAUAUGUAAAUUAAAUACAGAUUUUUACA